GUGUGUGGCGCGUAGCAGAGAAAACGCCAAAGGUGGAUUUGGCGGAGUGGCUCAAGGACGCGCCAGACCGGAAUGUCAGAAUUGUCGACGCUGUCAAAUUCUCCGGAUAUGUGCUGCUCGACAAGAUGGCAUGGGAGAAACGGGAGGCUGAGAUCGCGACCGGCGUUGUGCAGGGCCCGUUCAGUGUGAAUGAAGUGGACUUACUGGCCAUCGCGGUGCACCCGAGCUUCCCAGUAUGGGAGCGAGGUUCACAAGGCCAAUGGAAAGCACGCAACAUUGAACACUUGAAGGCAAGUGGGGCCAACGCAACAGUGCACACGUGCGAGGCGUACGCCCCUGACGACGUAGACAUGGCGAGGGCAGCCGUCAGGUUCUGCAAAGAGCUCUGGGGCGGCGACGAGCCUUUGGCGGGUUUCUCUUCUGACUACAGCGGGGCCUUCCGGCAAAACCCCCUGUCGCCCGAUCAGAUACCAUACAUGUGGUCUGCCGUGCGACACCCGGGCCGCAGAGAGCCAGUGUUGUUGAGGAAUCUUGGACAGGUGUUUGGCGGCGCAGGGGCGCAGUUCAAUUAUGUCCGAGACCUUUCAGCAAUGUGUUCGGUAAUGCGUCAUUCCUUCGACGUCCCAAUGCAUCAUUAUAGUGACGACGCAUGGGCUGUGGAGCGCGCGUCGACUGCGCAGCCUGCGUGGUUCUGUUGGCUGUGGCUCAACAAAGAGGUGGGGUGGCGCCUCGACCUCGCCAAAUCACCGCUGCCGUCGGGCACCUGGAGGUUAUUGGGCGCAGAGCUCCAUGUGGGCUGCCCGCAGCCCCUGGCCCGACUGUCCCGGGACAGAGUGACGACGCUGUUGGCCGACCUCGAGUGGUACCUGCAGCGCG